AUGCAAAAGUCAAUUAUUAUUGCUGCUAUUUUGCUCGUCGGCUUAGCCAGCGCUUUGCGUAUAGUACCUGUUCCUCAAAAUCUUUAAAAGGGAAACUUCACCUUUGAAGUAGCCUCCAUUGAUUCCGUUGAAUUCUAGUUCAAAACCUCUGGUAGAUUAAAUGAACUCUCAUCUGUCCAAUAGAGAAUCUUAGAAUCUCAAAAUGAAUAAAAUCUCAGAAAAUUCAAAAGCAUCGCUCAUGAAAAAUUAGACGAAAGACUCUCUAAAUUGAAAGUUGCCUAAGCUAAGAAUGGUUUAAAGGGUGCUAACUUAGUUGUCAAGGUAUUCUUGAAUAACACUGACACUUAGUACACCAGCUACGAUAACUUCAAAAUUGAUGAAGCCUACGAAAUCUCAAUCAAUCAAAAUUUGACCAAUAUUGAAUUCAAGUGUCAUGGAUACGUUUCUUUCUUGAGAGCCAUCGAAACUUUCAUCUAAAUUUUGAUCCAAUCUCAUCAAAAAACUCACUUCGCUUUCGAUUUCUUGCCUUUGAGCAUUAAUGAUGCCCCUGCUUUUGGACAUAGAGGUGUUAUGAUUGAUACUUCAAGACACUUCCUUAGUUUAGAAGCAAUUAAAUAAACAAUUCGUGGUCUUUCAAUCUCAAAAUUCAACGUUCUUCACUUGCACUUGACUGAUUCUGAAAGUUUCCCCUUCGAAUUGUUUUCAUAUCCUGAAAUCACUGCCUUUGGUGCCUACAGUCCUGAAGAAAUUUACACUCAAGAAGAACUUAGAGAACUCGAUGCUUAUUCUCAAACCUAUGGUGUCAUUCUCAUUCCUGAAAUUGACUCUCCUGCCCAUACUCGUUCCUGGUCUAACCCUCCCAAUCUCUAAGAUAUUGAUGCCUGCAGAGACUAUCCUAAAGAAUAAUGGGGAUUAUUCUGUAAUGAACCUCCUUGUGGUCAAUUAGACGUUACUUUAGAAAAAGCCCGUACAGUUGCAGCUGAUAUCAUGGUUGAAACUGCUAGAAUUUUCUCCAGUGAAUUCUUGCACUUGGGUGGUGAUGAACCUAACAAGCACUGCUGGGAAACUAAGGCUUCCAUUGCUGAAUACAUGAAAGCUAACAAUAUCUCUAACUACAAUGAACUCUAAACCUUCUACAGAGAUUUCCAAAAAGAAGUAAUUGAAUAAAAUAACUUAAACAAGAAGAGAAUCUUCUGGCUCGCAAGCAACAAUGUUGAUGUCUAAACUGACGAUUAAGCCAUCAUGUAAUUCUGGGGUGAUCUUGAUGAAUACUCUUACAUGCUUAAGGUUAACAAUCCCGUUAUUCUCUCUACCUACACUUACCUUUAUCUCGACUGUGGUUUGGGAAAUACCUUUGGUGAUAACUCUUGGUGUGAUCCUUACAAGACUUGGAAGAGAAUCUACUCUUUCGAUGUUACUGCAGGUAAUUUGAUUAGCAGAGAAAGAAAUCUUGGAUCUGAAGCUGCUAUUUGGACUGAAACCUCUACAACUGAUGAUUUUGUUCAAAAGCUCUUCCCUCGUGUCAUUGCUCUCAGUCUUAACCUUUGGAACCCUGAAGCUAAGCUUGCUGAUAUUGAAUUAGUUAAGCAUUUAGUUGCUAUCAAGGACUCAAUCAGACUAGCUGGUAUCCCUACCGGUGCUGUCUCCAGUCAAUACUGUGAACUCAAUGUUGAACACUGCUUCUUUGAAAAUUGA